AUGAAAAGCAGAUUGUAAUUGAAUUUUCUCAGUUGGGUUGUAAGUGCAAAGUAGAGAUGAGUGAUGAAAGUCACUACUAGAAUAUUAAAAAGGCUUUUUCUAUUAUUUUGUGAAUGCAAAAAUUUCAACCAACUUAGAUUGUGUUUUCUAUAAAAGGUGCAUGCUUAUCGGUUAUAUGAAGCAUUCAAAGCGACGCAUCCUCUGUGAAAGCAACUGUAAUGGCUCAAAAUCUAAACAAGUUUAGUAUGGCAGCCGGAAUGGUGGCAUUUACGCUGACUCUUUGUAUCAUUGUAAAUUUAGCAGUAGGCAGCAACUUGGAUGGAAUGCAAUCAGAAUCACAUGAUAUAAAUUCUAAUGGUAAUGGAGCACCUGGUAGCGUACCUCUGCGACCGCUGAACGGUAUCAAUGGCCGAAGAAUAUUUGAAAAUCGUCGCAAUUUGCAAUCAAUAUACGGUUUCAGCCCGAAAAUGUUGCAAGUACCCCGUUCCAAGAUCCCAAUAGAACUUGAUUUUUUGAUAGAAAAUGAAGACGUGGAUCGAUCAAAGCGUUUUGACGAUUAUGGCCACAUGCGCUUUGGAAAACGAGGUGGCGAGGAACAGUUCGAUGACUAUGGUCAUAUGCGAUUUGGGAGAAGUACUUAAACAUAAACUAAGAAAACUCGCUGAUCAAUGAAAUGUUGCCGAUUAACUAAUCAGAUGUAAAUAAAACAAUGUAUAGAACAUAUAUCCGUAUAAAAUGAAUAAAGUGUGCACUUGAAGCAAA